AUGGAAAUGCUGCGUAACUAUAUUAUCAUGUUUUCACUUUCACACAAGAAUUUUCGACGAGAAGAAUUAGAAUCUUUGGCAAUAGCAGAGUGUAUUUCCUUGGACCUUUCAGCCUAUGACAGACAGUCGCCCUGUCUUCUUUUGCAAUUGCGUGAUGAUGAGCAGGCCAAACGGCUUAUUUGCCGUUCAAUAUGUUCCAGAGCAAUUUAUGAGCUUUGGAGCAGUGCAACGUCUUAUGCGGAUCUCCAUGCACAGCUUCGUGAGUUAGGCCCUGCUUUGUGUCAGCCAUUUCGUAAUUCAUCCUUUAAGUUUGUUGUUGAAAGUGUUAAUAAAUCGCAUACAAUGCAGCAUCAGAUUGAAAUUAUUGAUAGUUUUUCUUAUCUUUCUUUUGAAGGUCCAGUUUCUAUGAAUAAUCCGGAGCAAAUUUAUGCUGUGCUUGAAGAAUGGCAAAAAGGUACACAAAUUUUGCUACGUGUUUCUUUAGGUAGACAGGUAGCACGUAGUAGCCGUAGUGCAGUAGGUCUUUUUGAUCUGAAGAAAAGACGAUAUAUUGGGAAUACGUCAAUGGAUGCAGAACUUUCUUUAAUUGCUGCAAAUCAGGCUCUGGCACGCAAAGGCAAACUUGUUUAUGAUCCGUUCGUUGGAACAGGUAGUUUUCUUUUCGCAUGUGCUUAUUACGGUGCAAUGACAAUGGGUUCUGAUAUUGAUGGACGACCAUUAAGGGGUCGAGGACGUUUAUCGAUUUCUAGUAACCUUGAACAGUAUAAUUUGGUGUCGGAAUUUCUUGACGUUUUUAUAAUGGAUUUUGCGAAUUUGAGUUUACGUAGUGGUUUUUUGUUUGAUGCUAUCAUUUGUGAUCGUAAUUAUGGUGUGCGUGCAGGCGCGAAAACCUUGAGGAAAAAUUUAUCCAAUAAAUCUCCUCCUAAAGAUGAGUCAGGAUGUUAUUAUCAUUUACAGAAAGACUAUAUUCCACCAACAAGAUCUUAUCCGUUUGGAAAUUUGAUUAUGGAUCUUAUGAACUUUGCAUCAAAUCAUCUUUUAACUCAGGGAAGACUUGUCUUUUGGAUGCCUAGUAUUACAGAAGAUGAAGUGAAUAUUGAUAUUCCGCACCAUCCUAACCUCUUGCUUGUUGCAAAUAGUUUACAAUGUUUUGGAAAAUGGUCUAGGAGACUUUUGACAUAUGUUCGAAAAGAUAGAACACUUUUUAAUGAAGUAGUUUUAGAAAAAAUUGAAAAUAAAUUUCGUGAGAAGUAUUUUACAUCUAAAAAUAAAUAG